GUCCACCGAGCCCAACGUGUAACAUUAUACGGCCUCUGUAAUUAGAUAGAUGCUCGCUCAGAUAGAGAGAGAGAGAGAGAGAGAGAAUCCAUUCUCAUUCCUUUCUCUCAAUUUGUAUUUGUAUUUUUGUUUGUAUUGUAUGGUGUAUAAGAUUUUCAGUACCUAUCUAUCUCAACAGGACGGAGCAGGAAUCAGUACAACGAUGGGAUCAUCAGAAAAUCGGAGCGCAGAAAUCAGGAAAGACACUGUAAAUAACCGAUGGGUCAUCUUCUCUCCCGCCAGAGCUCGGCGUCCUUCCGAUUUCAAAUCCAAAUCCAAAUCUAACCCUAACCCUAACCCUAACCAAUCUGAAUGCCCAUUUUGCAUCGGCCACGAGCACGAAUGCGCCCCCGAGAUCUUCCGCUUCCCCUCCGAUUCCACCUCCAAUUGGAAACUCCGAGUAAUCCAAAACCUCUACCCAGCUCUCUCCAGAGACAUCCAACCCUCCUCUCUUCCCCAAAACCCAACUCCUACUCCUACUCUCAGUGGGUUUGGUUUUCACGACGUGGUCAUUGAAUCCCCACUUCACUCUCUUCACUUGUCCGAUCUCAACCCGGUCCAUGUCGGUGAUGUCUUGUUGGCUUACAAGAAGAGGAUUGAACAGCUACGCUCUCACGAUUCCAUCAAAUACGUUCAGGUGUUUAAAAACCAUGGUGCAUCAGCUGGGGCUUCAAUGACUCAUUCUCACAGUCAGAUGAUGGGACUUCCAUUCGUCCCUCCUGCUGUUUCUGCCCGCCUUGACAGUAUGAAGGAGAACUUUGAUCAGACAGGGAAGUGUAGUCUCUGUGAAAUUCAAUCAAACAAUUUUUUAAUUGAUCAAUCAACCCAUUUCAUUUCCAUUGCGCCCUUUGCCGCUACUUUUCCUUUCGAGAUAUGGAUUAUUCCCCUGUGUCACUCUUCUCAUUUCCAUGAAAUAGAUGGCGAGAAGGCAGCCGAUCUUGGUGGGUUACUGAAACUUAUGCUUAGGAAGAUGUAUUUGCAGUUGAACAACCCGCCAUUCAAUUUCAUGAUUCACACUUCUCCAAUUCAGAGUACUCCCUCACAAUUACCAUAUGCUCACUGGUAUCUUCAAAUAGUACCUCAAUUAACUGGGGUGGGUGGUUUUGAGAUAGGAACUGGUUGUUACAUUAAUCCUGUUUUUCCAGAGGAUGCUGCCAAAGUUUUGAGGGAAGUGUGUAUUACAAUUGAGUAAUUUUUACAAACAUGAGUUGUUCAUAUCAUAUUUUUCAAGUGGGUCCUGUUUGAAAUUUCAAAGUUUUGUAUCUGCGUGCCAUGCUACAAACUGUUGGUAGAAAAAAGGUGGUGACGUUUACUAGUCUGUUUAUAAGCUGUACUAGUGUAUGCCCGUGUAAAUAAUGUUGGAAUUAAAAUCUAA